UGCCUGGGCGGCAAGAGGAACCUUUUUUUCCCUCCAGGCUGCGGCUGGGGGGAGGGGAGGGAGAGAAAAAUAGGUUGGGCCCUUUUUGUCUAGGAAACAUUGCUCGGGGUUGAGAAGGGAAGUGCUCUCCAAACCUGGUUACUUCUCCUUCCAGCCCCAAAGAGUGACUCCUGAGUGAAAAUGUUGCCUUAGCUCAUGACCUUAAUAAGGUCUGCCCUGGGGCAACUAGAUUCAAGUUAACAGUUUUAGGGUUUUGAUGAAAUGGUGGAAAAAAAAGCAGUUGAAACCAAAAUGAUAGUAAGAACUCUGCCUGCAAGAGGUGCUGUAAUGAUGGAGUCAAGAUUUUUUUAAAAUCCCAAGGAGUUAAAUGCUCUCACUAGGGAUUUAGCAUAUUAGACUCUAAUGUGAAGAGCUCAGUUUCAAGCUCUCAAAUUAAACAAAUAUCUUAGCUACUGAUCUCAUGAUAGGUAUGAAUUUGACUUAUUUCCCAGGCUGUUGCAAGGACUCUGGGCAGGUCAAUAUUUUUACCCUGUUUCUGGUUAUGAAAAGCAAGUUAAAAUAUAGGAAGCUGUAAGCUGUUCAGGCAUGGACUUUGGCAAAUUUCCAAAGAGAAAAUUCCAAGCAUGAAGAGAACUGACAGAUUUACAAAUGAGAUCAGUGUUUCUAAAGCUUCAUUGUGAAGAUAUUUUGAAAUGUCAGGAUGGCUAUAGAAUGUGUAUGUAUUUUAUUUUCCCUUUGGCUUCCAGUGCAGUGUAUGGGUUAGUCCAGUGUAUAGGAAUACCAAUCUGUGUAAAGUGAUUUGAAGAACAGGUGAAGAUUUUGCUGGAAUGUUGCUAAACUAGAUAGAAAUGAAUUAGUAUUUGUAGUAAAUGCUUAAUUAUAACAUUUCUCCUUUAAAACCUGUUUAUAGUAGUGAAGAGCAAGAAGAACUGCUUUACCAGGAUUCAGAUAUGACAGAUCGAAGGGAUAACAGAUGUAAAGUCAAGUGGUCUCGUGAAGAAGAUGAGCUGUUGAAUUCACUGGUGACACAGUUUGGACAUGACUGGAAAUUCCUAGCAAGCCAUUUUCCUAACCGCACUGAACAGCAAUGUCAGUAUCGUUGGCUAAGAGUGCUAAAUCCUGUUCUUGUAAAAGGCCCCUGGACUAAACAAGAAGAUCAGAAGGUCAUUGAAUUGGUGAAAAAAUAUGGCACAAAGCAAUGGACUCUCAUAGCCAAGCAUUUGAAAGGCCGUCUAGGAAAGCAAUGUCGGGAACGUUGGCACAACCACCUGAACCCUGAAGUCAAGAAAUCAUCCUGGACAGAAGAGGAAGACCGCAUAAUUUGUGAGGCUCACAAGAUACUUGGAAACCGCUGGGCUGAGAUUGCCAAGCUGCUGCCUGGAAGGACUGAUAAUGCUGUGAAAAACCAUUGGAAUUCAACAAUCAAAAGGAAGGUGGACACAGGAGGCUUUCUUAAUGAAGCAAAAGAAUCCAAACCCCUUUAUUUGCUGGUGGAGGUGGAAGGCAGGGAUGGACAAAAUACACCAGAAGGGGAAAAUCAGCAGCAUUUUUUGACCAACUGGCCCGUGCAGACUUUGGAAGUAAAGAAGGAAGAAGUUGCUGAUGAAGAGCCAGCAGACCUGCAGAUGUUGCCAUCUGAGCCAGUGCUUGAAAACCUAGUGGAGCCCAGUGUCAAUGGAGCAUCAGAAAUCAUGGUGUCAGAUGAUCCUUUGGAUGGGAGUUCUGCAUGUACAUGGGUGGUUGAAGGCAAUUAUUUGUGUACUGCUGCAGCCCCAGCUAUUUCAGAAGCUCUGGACAUGAUUGAAUCUGACCCAGAUGGCUGGUGUGAUCUCUCCCAGUUUGACCUACCUGAUGAUUUAUCUGCAAGUAACAGCAACAGUCCGGAGAAGCAAGCCUCUAUAAAACCCUACUGCUCUUCACAGAAUGUUACAGAGUACCGUUUAGAUGGCCACACCAUUUCGGAUCUCAGCAAAGGCAGCAAGGGUGAACUCAUCCCGAUUUCACCUUGCACAGACGUGAGCUUUGGCACACCCCCUGCUGUGCUCAAGAGGCAAAAAAAGAGGAAAAUUAGUCUCUCACCAGUUUUAGAGGGUGGCACCAGUACAAAUCUCUCCUUCCUUGAUUCCUAUAACAGCAUGACACCCAAGAGCACACCAGUUAAAAGCACCCCCGUCAAAACUCUGCCAUUCUCUCCAUCCCAGUUCCUGAAUUUAUGGACAAAACAAGACACUUUUGAUUUGGAGAACCCCUCCUUAACUUCCACACCCGUUUGCAGCCAGAAGGUGAUUGUGACAACCCCACUGCACAGGGACAAGACCCCACUACUGCAGAAGACCUCUGUAUUUGUAACUCCUGAUCAGAAAUAUACGGCAGACAAUACACCUCAUACGCCAACUCCUUUUAAGAAUGCGCUAGAGAAAUAUGGCCCAAUAAGGCCUUUGCCCCAAACACCUAAUCUUGAAGAGGAUUUGAAAGAAGUACUCUGGAGUGAGGCUGGAAUGGAACUGAUCAUAGAAGAUGAUGUGAAGCCAGAGAAACAGAGGAGAAAACAGGGUUUGCACAGGAGUCCAAUUAAGAAGGUCAGGAAAUCCCUUGCUUUGGACGUUAUUGAUGAAGACUUGAAGCUGACUGUUUCCUCUGUGGCCAAUCCUAUUUGCUUCAAAAGAACUCAGUCCCUAAACUUUUCCUUGUCAAGCAGCAAGAAUGACAACAGUUUACUCAACAGAGGAUUUGUGCACAUAAAGGCUGACAAGGUUCCAUCUUCCAGAAGAAACCAAAGUAAAUUCAGGGUACCAACUUUGAUGUCCAAUGCUUGGAGAACUGUGGCUUGUGGUGGUUCCAAAGAUCAGCUAAUCAUGCAAGACAAAGCUCGCCAAGUCCUGGGUGUUUUGAAACAUAAUCACACAUCUCGAACAUUGAUCCUAUCUUGAAGAACCCUAAUAAUAUGUAGUUCUGCUUUUAUAUAUAUAUAUGGAAGUGGGGGAAGAGAGGAAGAGAAAAUAAUUGACUUACUUUUUCAGUGCAACUUCUCUUUUGUGACCUCUGAGAUUUGAAUUGUAUUAAGUUUCUGAUUCUAAGUGGGUUGUAGAAAAUUUGGGCCUAGCAGAAUGCCAAGAAUGUGGCAGCCUUAAGAAAUAUCCCUGUGUACCUCCUAGGUAAUUUGCGUAAGUGGAAACAACUACUGUUUUGUCUUUGCCUUCAACUGACCUACAAGAGGGACCUAUGAGCUGAAUGAAUUGACACUGAUGAGACAGCCCUGGAUGUCUGGAUCUAGUUAGUUUCCACCAACUCUGUUCAGCUUUGCAGAGUUGGGCAGACUGAGCCAGAAGAUGAUUUGAUAUGCUAUGAAAAAUUGAAACCACUUCCUCAGAGCAUUGCUGGCUAAAAACUAAUAAAAUCACUGCCUUUACCUUUUUGUCAGCAUCUGUUGCUCCUUACUAAGAUCCAGAAUGACUUAAAAAGCCACAACAUACAAACCUAUUUUGUGUAAUAUUUCCACCAGAAGGUGCUGAUGUCAACAUUAUUGCUCUAGCUCAGCCGAAAAUAAAUGCAUCUAAGGAACAAGCCAGCUAUCUGAAAGGAACAGUCUACGUAUUGGGUGCACAUUCUUUUAGGAGACUUUGGGAAUACUUAUAUAUAAAGGUGAAGGCAUUGGACAUAUUGCACAAGAAAAGCCACAGCCAGUGUAAAUUUACUUCUGACAAUGUCUGAAAGCCAUAUAAACUGUUUUGCUGCAGAAGAAGACAUUGGUAUAUUCUUGCAAAUGAAAUGGGUCUCAUUGAUGUGAACAGUAAAGCAGGCACAGCAGUGGCUGGGAUAAGCUGUGCCUUGUUUGGAGUUUGUGCUAUUCAUUUGAAGUGUAUCAUGGUGAUUGGAGAGAUCCUGCCAAAUCAUAUUUGUAAACUGAAUCAGCUUCCGGGUGCCUGAAUCUAAUUGCAAACCUGUAUUAUUAGGGCAAAGGGUCAUGUUGCUGUUUUGCAGGUUGAUGUCCAUGGUGCAGUAGAAAGGGAAACAGGCUAUACAUCCACAUGCUCUUCUCUAUUAUCAGUGGCAGAUACUUAAGCUUGCCUCUGCAAAAUGUUUAAUAUGAACCUCAGUAUGAAAGCCUUUCUCAGAACUACUUGAACAUUUUAAAUAUGCAUUUGCAUUUAAAUGUCAGUCACCCUAUACGUGUCUUUGAUAUCUGUAAAUCAAUAUCUUAAUUGGGACCUUUGAAGUCUGAAUUUCCAAGACUUUUUGUAAGGCAAGAAAGGAAAAAUAGGGAGAGAAAUCUGAAGAACGUUAGCAUGACGUUACACCAAGAAUAUGGGAGAGUCUUUAAACCGAUAUUGAUUGUAUCAAAUACAGAUAUUCCAGGAAAGAAUCAAUUAAGUUCUCAUUUUUGAAAAUAGGAAUUUCAUUAGUUAAAAUGAAAAACCUUUCCCAUUUCUGUGAGAUGCAGAAACUUUAGUCAAUAGAAAUAAGAAAAGCCACAAGGCAUCUCUUACGAGUAGCAAAGCCUGGUGAUCAUCUUAAAUAGUGAAAUUAUAUCAAUCAUGCCUAAGAAGUUCUUGAAAAUUCAAACUUGCAAUUGUAAGUCUUCAAGUUAAGCUAAUAAUCUGUUUUGGAUUUCCCUCAAAACUAGCAGUAUCAUUGAUUUCUUUCAUUAUUUAUGCAAUCUAAUCCACACUGCCAUGAUUGCUGUUGAGCAAGUCUUUAUCUCUGUACAUAACCUACCUCACAGGGCUGUUGUGAGGCAAGCUGUAUAGCUCUGAAGGAAUGGAAAAGAUACAAAUAAAACAAGACUAACCUUUGGAAA